AUGGACUCUGUCAUUGCAGCUGUAUGUCACAAUGAAGCUUCAUUGUCGUUUCGUAUUGGUUUAAAAUCAACUCUCAUGGAUUUGAAGGAUAAUAUUUGUUUAAAUUGGGUUCAACUAUCUCCAUUCACUAUUGAAAUCAUUCACAAAUUUGGUGAGCAGCAAAAGGUACUUCAGUCUGAUUUUGAUCUCCAAAAAUCUGCUGUGUUUUCUCUGUUUAACAAGUUACCAACACUAGACUUAUAUGUAUAUCAUAGAGGUGAAAGUUCAAGUUCAGUAUACUACAUAGGUGCUAGUUCAAGUUCAACAUCCCAUGGGACACAAGUUGUACCUGUUAAUCAGCCACUAGUUACCACUGUCACUGUUUAUGAUGACCCUCAAGUAGUCAAAGAACCAUUGAAAUCCGCUCGUUGGAUAGGUUUCUUUCACAGUGUUGAACAAGUGUUUCCAGGAGGUGUGGACCAAGUGCGUCACGACUUGAUGAAGUACCAUGCUGCAAAUGGCUAUGCAUAUAAGUUAACAAGAAACGAGAAGUUGCGGAUUGCUGCUUGUUGUGCUAACAAGAAGAAGGACAAGUGUAAUUGGCACAUGUAUGCUGUUUCUUGUGACGGUGUUGAAGGAAGUCCCUUUAUUAUCAAGGAGUUAAGUAAUCAGUAUAGUUGUGACGGUGGAUUUCUUAACGUUCCAAAUGUAUCAAAGAAGCUAAUAAGUUCCUUGAUCAAGGAUGAGAUUAAACAGAACCCAAAGAAGAAGACAAAGGAUAUUAUGGAACAAAUUAGAAGAGAAUAUGGAUUUGACAUAAGUUUUUAUUAUGCAUACGCAGGGAAGAUACAUGCACUGAAUAUGGCAUGGGAAGAGGAUAAGAAUUCAUUCGCUUACUUGUAUUGGUAUACAAAGCAAUUGUCUGAAACCAAUCCUGGAUCCCGUGUUGUUUUGGAAACUGACGCGAGUCAAAAGUUUGUUAGACUGUUCAUUGCCUUCGGAGCAUGUAUCCGUGGAUUUAAUUACUGUCGUACCUUACUAUUCAUGGAUGCAGCACAUUUGAAGAGUAAAUAUCUCGGUCACAUGAUGGCAGCAACAAGACUAAACGGGGAUAAUGGAAUUUACCCUUUAGCUUAUGAUGUGCUUUCAUCUGAGAAUGAUGCGAACUGGAAAUGGUUUAUGGAGAAACUCAGGGAUGUCGUUUUUCCUCAAAGACAACUUACAUUUGUGAGUGAUCGAGGUAGUGGUUUAGUCAACCAAAUCCCCGUCGUUUUUCCAGUUUAUGAAAAAUGUGCAUAUGCGAAUACACAUAUAGAGUUUAAGGAGAGUUGGGAUGACUUGAUGCUGGUUAAAAAUCAGAAGCUACAAGAAUAUCUUAGUAGAGCUCCACUUGAUAAAUGGGUUAGUUUUUUUUUCCCGGGCUGUCGAUACGGGGAGUUGUGCUCAAAUGUUGCUGAAUGUUUGAAUGGUUGGGUUAAGGAAGAGAGGGAGAUGCCUAUUGCUGUCAUGGUUGAUAAAAUACGACUGAAGAUUAUGGAAAUGAUGUGCAUUCGUCGUGAAGAAUGUGUGACAUCGUUCGAUUGGCGAGGAGUUUUGUGUCCAAAAAUGGAAACUGAACUCUAUAACAAUAAGAUGCAUGGCCGUGAACAGUGUUACCAAGUCGUCUGA